GUGAGCCCGGUUGCUAAGUUGGGCCACAACCUUCCCAGCAGCCCAAGAGCACCUUGUCCUGCUUGCUCUCAGAGAGGACAGAGCAAUCCGCUGCCUCGCCUGCCCCGAAAGAAAGUGCUUCUCCUGGCUCUGCCCCUGUGGAGCCCGGCCUGCGGAUCUCCAAGCCUCUGAUGGAGAAGAAGCGCCGGGCGCGCAUCAACCUGUCGUUGGAGCAGCUCAGGUCGCUGCUGGAGAAGCACUACUCGCACCAGAUCCGGAAGCGCAAGCUGGAAAAGGCAGACGUCCUGGAGCUGAGCGUCAAGUACAUGAAGAGCCUUCAGAGCUCGCUGCAAGGGCUCUGGCCCAUGCCCAGCGGAGCCGAAUCUCCGUCUGGCUUCCGAGGCUGCCUGCCCGGCGUGAACCAGCUGCUGCAGCGGGCCGAGGAGGGCAGCGGCGGCCCGUGCUUCGCCCCGGCGCCCGAGCGCGCGGGAGGCAGCACCACGGACAGCGCCCGCCCGGGGCCCGACGCCCCGGCCCCGGCCCCGGCCCGCCCCCUGUCCCCCCGGCUCCUCCUCCCCCGCGGUCUCCCUGGCUCCACCAACGUCCCUGCCCAGCAGCCAGCGCCGGGCCGCCAAGCCGAGAGCCCCGGGCCGGGGCCGCGCGUGUGGCGCCCCUGGUGAGCCCUAGGCUGGGCCUCCCACUGCAGGGGACUCGGUCUGGCUGGUGCCGCAGAGACUACUUUGCAGGCACCCUCGGUGACCGCGGGACCCUCGCUCGCCAGCUCUAGGUCUGGGGCGGCCGCGGCCUGGUGGGCGCUGCACCCGUGAGCGCGGGAGCGGCUUCCUGGCCCCUCCCGCCCCGCCCUCAGUCGCUGGGAGAGGCCGCCCCGGGCCGCGCCCCUUUCUCAGGGACCCCGGGGCGUGCAGGCCGCCUGCACCCGCCCGCCCCCAGCAGCGCCUCGGUGGGAAGGUCGCCGUCGGCCAGGCGCAGCGCGGACCCCUCGCAGCGAGGAGAAUUGGCGCCCCGCCCCAGCCCAUUCAGCCCGCCGCGGGCCCGCGGUUCCCACCGCACGGAGCGCCCGGGCCCCGCCCCCCGGGCCUCCCCCUCUGCGCGCGGCACCGCCCGGCCGGCUCCCCAGGACCCUCCCUCUGCGGAACCCCCGGCUUCCCUGUGCGGUGGAGCCCCUCUCCGAAGACCCCGGCGCCUUCGUGGGUGCAGCACCCCUUCCGCUCGGCUAAGAGACCUGACCGGCGCCCUGGCCCGGAACCCCAGAGCCCGUGCCCACGACCCUCGGUGACGCCGGAGCGCCCCGCGCCUGAUGCUUGAAAGUGGCUGCCGCACUCCAACUCUGGGUGGGAGGCCACCAAGUCGAUUUCUCUUCCUCGGGGCUUCUAGCGAGGGGCCCCCUAGGGGUGGGGUCUGAGAUCCUGACACCUCCUCCCACCAGGUUGUAACUCAGAAUAAACACAGGGCGAACCUGAGACGUGGGUAUGAGGCCA